AUGCAGUCGGAUCGACCCGAGACUUUGAAGAUUGACAUCUCCAAGUAUAGGGGAGUUGAAGAGGACUCCCUCUUGAGAUGUUUUGACGAAUUGAACGACGCCAUAAGGGCGCGUCGCAUCGACGACGGGGAUAUGCAAGUUGCAUAUGCCCAGUCAAAUCUGGCAGGACGUGCCAAGACUUGGGCACUGGGGCUCAAGUUGCACGACCCAUAUGCGUUUGGGUCGUUGGAAGUCUUCAAGUCGCGGCUCAGACAAACGUUUGAGCCACCUAGAGCUGAGUUCAGAGCUCAAACUGAACUCUUGAAGCUCAAGCAAGGUAAGCGUGAUGUGCACGCUUACGCGCAACAUAUACGACAUCUCACGAGUUGUAUAAGUUCCAAUCUGGUGGAUGAACACACGUUGGUUUCGGUGUUCAUGCAGGGUCUUGCGGAUGGUCCCGUCAAGACUCACCUGUUCCGGCUUGAACUAGAUUCACUAGAACAAGCCAUUUCCAUUGCGGAACAGGAAGACUUCAGUCUGAGACAGGCUCGCGCCAGCUCGAUAUCAUAUCGUACACCGAUACGAUAUGACAGCGGAGGUCCAGAGCCGAUGGAACUCUGUUAUGUAGAGAGCGAGAAGGCUCGCUCUACAGACUACAAGAAGUUGCAGAGAUGCAACAGAUGUCAAAAGACAGGACACUACGCUUACGAGUGUAGUGCCCCUCGUCCAGUGUCUCGCAACACUGGGCGUAGUGACCGUCCACCCAUGAGAAAGGGGCAGAGACGCGGGUCCGCUGCUGGUGCAAAGACGCAACAACGGGAUGGACCGUCAAAAAACGGACAGGAUCAGUAG